UCAAGCUUCCUUCCCUCCCCUCCUUACCCCCUUUCCUUGGCUCUAUCCCUCUUCAUCUCCUUCGUUAUCCCUUUAUCUUUCCCAACAGCUUUCUGCUCAUUUCUCCCUCAUGUUCCUUGCCUCCUUGUUUCCUCGUGGCCUUCUGCCUUCACCUCUUCCUUUCUCUCCCCCUGUCUCCCCUUUCUCCCUCCUCAAGGUCCGUCCUCACCUCCUCACCUCCCUCCUUAAUGCAUUCUCCCGCUCCUCACCUCCUCUUGCUCUCCCUUCCUCAUCCUCCCUCCUUUCUCCUUCCCUCUCGCCUGUGUUGAUGUUCUCAGCUCCUGGGAGUCAAGUCAAUGCGCUGCUCCUCCUCCUCCUCCUCCUCCUCCUCCUCACCUAAUCUAACCCCCCCAUCCCUCCCUCGCUCUAACUCCCUCCCUCGCUCGCUGCUUUGACUCAGAGCCGCUGGUCCUCUCGUCCGGCUCACAGCUCCGAGAUGCAUUCGAGGGUCUGAGCGAAGUCCGGAAAAACGAGUCUCAGGGAUCUGCAGGGAGCGAUCAGGGGGAUUUUAAUUGAGGCAAAGUGACACCCGGACAAAGGGCGGCCACGCGUGGGCGACCAUGUUGGGUCAGAGCGUGCGGCUGCAGCCGGUGCCGAUCCAGAGCCUGUCGGAGCUGGAGCGAGCCCGCCUGCAGGAGGUGGCGCUGUACCACCUGGAGGAGCGAGACCUGGACUUCAAGAUCAGCAUCCCGAGAGAAAUACACAAGCGGCGAAAGUCCCUCCGCAGGAAGUUUGACUCCUUCUCCAAGGAAAAGAAAGAGCGAGAAUCGGCCCCCAAGGCGUUCGGCAUCCCGCUCUCGCAGGUCAUCGCCAACGACCGCGCUCACAAGCUGCGGCAGGACGCCCUGAAGGAGAGCCGGCGGGACUGCCUGGACCUGGAGGCCAGCGUGCUGCUCUUCCGGGCCGAGAAGAGGCAGUUCUUCAACGGGAACCGGCCGCCGGUCGGCUCCUCCUCCUCCUCCUCCGCGGCCGGCGGGGGGCCCGGCUCGCCGCACGCCAACUCCGUGGCGCCGGCGCCGCUUUCGGAGGCGGCGGUCAAGCCGCUGUCGUUCCCGGACAACGCGGGGCGAGGACAGAGGAGGGGCGGGCUGUCCGUGGACUCCAUCUCCGACCUGGUGGAGAGUCAGUCUCGCCUGCUGGAGGCGCUGCAGCUCUCUCACCCGGCCGAGCUGGAGCUGAUGAAGUCGCCGGGCGGAGGAGGCGGAGGCGCGUCGGAGGGGCGGACCCAGACCAAGCUGAGCCUCAACCCCAUCUACAAGCAGGUGCCCCAGGUGCUGGAGAGGUGUUGCAGUCACAUCGAGACCCACGGUCUUCAGACGGUCGGGAUUUUCCGUGUUGGCAGCUCGAAGAAGAGAGUGAGACAGCUGCUGGAGGACUUCGACAGGGGGGUGGACGUGCAGCUGGACGAGGAGCACAGCGUGCACGACGUGGCGGCGCUGCUCAAAGAGUUCCUCCGGGAGAUCCCCGACCCCCUGCUGCCCCUGGAGCUCUACCCGGCCUUCCUGCACGCCAACUCGCUGAAGGGAGCCGACCAGCUUCAGUACCUGCAGCACCUCCUCUACCUGCUGCCCCCCUGCAACUGCGACACGCUGCUGCGCCUCCUCCACCUGCUGCACACCGUGCAGAGCUACGCCCAGGACAGCGUGGGCACCAACGACGAGGAGAUUCCCGGGAACAAGAUGACAGCUGCCAACCUGGCGGUGAUCUUCGGGCCCAACCUGCUGCAGAGGGAGAGGGGGGACGGCAUGGGCAUCGAGGACAGCACGGCCAUCAUCGGCGUGACCCUGCUGCUGGUGCAGAACCACAGGCGGCUCUUCACGGUCUCCGCGGAGCUGCAGCAGGAAGUCCUGAUGAGUCUGAUCCAGACGGACCCGGACAUCAUCGACUACCUGCUGCGGAGGAAGCUCAGCGGCAGUCAUGUGACGGCGGAGGCCGGCGGGGAGUCGGGGGGCCGGCGUGACACGGGGGCCUCCCUGGACUCCGUGGGGGCCUCGAGUGGGAGUUUGUCCCCGCUGGAGCUCCCAUCGCCGCUUUUCCCGCCCGACGGCAACAGCGGCGAGGGCAGCCUGACCAGCGAGGUCUUCCUCAACGUCCUCAAACUGAACCAGAACAGGAAGCGCCAGGACACCAGAUACGGUGAGUCCCCUUCAGGUAAAUCCAUCCGCCACAUGCGUCAGUUCCACUCCCACCACAACCUGCUGAGCCUGGCCCAGCCGAGCCCCUCCGCCGCCAGGGGGGGGCUCGGUAGCUGCUCGGGGCUGAGCGGGUCCACGGACAGCGGCGUCUGGGUGAGGCAGACCCCCCACGAGGAGGGCGCCAAACUGGCACCGGCCUCCAACUUCUGGGACUUCUUCACCGGGAAGGGGUCGAGCUCAGAGACGAUGGUGUGACGGACGGGGAGGAAAGAAGGGGGGGGGGGGGGGGAUGCUGGUUGACAUCGUGGGACCCCGAGACUCUGAGGGAGCUGCAGGAACUCAGCUGGAGGUUUGGAAUUUACGACUCUUCAGGUGUCUCUGGAACGCAGCACGAGAAGAAGAAGAAGAAGAAACACGCCAAAGACUUUUUGGUGGUUCGCGUUGGAACAAAAUGUUGCAAGAAAAAGAGAUUAAAUAUUGCAGUAAUCAUUGAGACGUACGUCUAGGACUCCUUGCCUGUGUGUAGCUGCAUGGGAUGCAACACUUUAACCCUUUUAUUUGCUUCCUGAGCUGCAUUAACUGUAAAUAUGAUCUGUGACAUCAGAGCAGAAGUCCUGAUGUCAGCGGGAAAUAAACAAACACAUUAGAGCAGAACCGUGCGUUUAUUUCACCGGCACGUGAGCGUCGUUGUCAUGGAAACACAUUUAAAUAAAUCACCACAAAUCUCCCCCUUUUUUCGGCCACACGGCGUGUAGCUCACGCUUCAAUCCCGUCCGCUCACGUCCUCCCGUCCUCCCGUCCUCCCCUGCAGUAGGACGAGGCACAUUCCAGCAGAAACGAUGGAAACGCUGACUGGAAUCUGUAAUAAAUCACCGAAGCCUCCAGAUGUUCAACAGCUGCAUCGCGCAAACCUCAGCGCAUUCCGCUCUGCAGCGACGAAAAGGAGAGCAAUUAGAAUUAGAAGGAAGCCGCUGACAAAAAGCGGAUCGACUUCCAUUCAAUCCUACUGCAGGAUGUAAAAAUCAUCGUAAGUAAAAUAAGAUAUAUAUUUUUUUAAAUACACCAAUUUAACGCAAUUUUUUGUAAGUUCAUUUUCACAAUAUAGGGUAGUAUUCAAAUACUUAACGUAUCUUUUUAUCAACAUUUUAUUAUACAAGAAAUGUAAUAUUUGAGUUGAUCUCAUUUUAUUCAAAAUGGAAAUAAACUCAAUAAAAGAAAAGAGACCAGAUGUUUCCAUUUCAAAAACCACUUUGUUUUAUUUCAGAUACUUCUUAUUAGAAGUUCAGACAGCAGCCUCUUUGGGGGUGGGGGGGGGGGCACGUAAUAUGUCUACACAUGUGUGUGUGUGAGAUUAUAAUUUGUGUACAUACACACUAAUGUUUUUGAGGGUAGCACCAAAAUAAAAGACCUUUCAGAAAAAAAAGACAAUUAAGGCGCCAAACUCAGAUUGAAACUUUAUGAAUUUUAUUCUCUGAAUGUCUCUUUUGAUCGUUUUAAUAUAAAUACCUGUCUUCUCUUGGUCGCCCGCGCUGCUGUCUCUUUGCACACGUUUUAAAAAAGGUUAAGUAUCGUUAGUGACACAUUCAAUUCAAAACAUUUACAUUCCUGGUGAGUCGGAGAAGGAAGGAGGACGCAGGGGACGUCUCCAGAGGACAGAACGGCUACGACUGUUGAAGGAAAAAUCCACCUGAAGACUUCAGCUUUUUAACAUCUCAAAUAAUUUGUGCUUCUGUUCUAAAAAAUAACACGAGACAUUCAUGGAGAAUGUCUCGUCCAUGCAGAAGACGACAUGGACAAAAGCAACAGGAAACACGAUGAGCCAGAGUUAAGUGCAAAGUAAAAGUGCUUUUUGAGUUGAUAUUCAUUAUUUUUAGGUUUUAUGUAGUUUGAUUUUCUUCCUGUCCAAAAAUAAGACGUUUCGU